AUGGCUCAAACAGAAAGUGUUAUUAAUGUCGAUGAUAACGAUGAUAAUAAUAAAAUAUCACCUGAACAACGUAUUCAUUUUGUUGAUUUGGUUAAUACUCCUAAACCGACUUUAACUACAAUCAAACUUAUAGGCUUUAUUCAAUCAUUUAGUCCAGAAAACAAUCAAAAAGUAGUUGACUUAUGGUCAUCAUUUACUGAUAAAGACAUAGAGGAAAUUUUACGUGCUGGAAUUGCUUCUUUGGACGAUCCGGACACUCCUUCAGAUGAUAACAAGUAUCCCAACUUUAAUCUAGACAGGGCAGAAUUGCUCUUGUAUACAUCUGCUUUAAUGGGACAACGUAAUACAGCUCUUGUCGAAGAAGCUCAAAAGGAGAUACUUGAAUUAAAGAAGAAUCCAGAAAAAGCUAGAAGUGAAGAUAUUAAGAAAAUUACUAAAAAGCUUCUUGAAAGUGAGGCACCAAUUCGGGAGGAAGCAAAGGAAUUUGGCUUAGAAUUCACCUCUAUUACUGAAUGUAAUGUUGUUGGAGGACCCUAUGGUGGCUUAUAUUGGUCGGAGAAACAUAACUUUAUCAUUGUUUCCUUUAGAGGAACAGAUCCUCUAGACUUGGGAGAAUGGUUAACUGAUUUUAGUCUUCAAAGAGUAGAUGCGAGAUCAUUCCUUUUCGGAGAAGCUCAUUAUGGGUUCUAUACCAAUCUUUUCACAGAUAAUACAUUCUCUUCUGCUAAAUCGGUAAAACAAUGCCCAGCUUUAAGAUUAGUUGAUGCAAUACGUAGUAGAGCUAAUGAAAUUUAUAAACGAACUGCUCAACCAGUCAAUCUUUGGGUUACAGGUCAUUCAUUGGGUGCCGCUCUGGCAACAUUAUUUUAUGCACGAAUAUUACAAUCACCUACUUGUUUAGGUGAUAAAGUAGAUAUUCGUGAUGGGAUUCCCUUUGCUCCUCCACUUGUUGGGGAUAGUGAUUUCGCAUCAGGAUUCCAGUCACUUAUGAACCAACAAAUUAAUUACAAUAAGAAUUUUUGGAGAAUUGUUAAUGACAAUGAUAUUGUUCCAAGAUAUCCUCUUGGUUUUCAUGUUCCAAAUUUAGGUCAUUUUCUUUCUAAGAUUAAUCUACUUAAUUAUAUUAAUGUUGGAGACGAGGUCCGAUUUUAUCAAGACGGUAGUAAACCUAGCUCCGAACGUAACCUUUAUGGUCCUGAUAUGGAUUAUUUAUUUAUUGAACAAGGACUUGGUCUAGUCGAUUUAGGAGCAUUUUUCGGUCUUUCUGAUCAAUUUGAUGCUACGCCUAGUGGUUGGAAUUCAUUCAAAAACAUUUUCUCUUUGAACUUUAAAGUGAACUCAAAUGUUGAUUACAUUACUCCAGGAUUCAUUAGAAAUCAUUUUUCUUACAGAUAUUUUGAAUCCAUAGAAAAAGCUAGGAAAUACUGGGAGCCUAUUAAUUCUGAGAAAUGA